AUGACAGAAAUUCAGGAGUUGGCGGAAGGAUGCAUCGCCGCCAUACUGUGUCGUACUAGUCCCGUUGACGCCGGAAGAUUCUCCGUCCUUUCGAAGACAUUCCGUUCUGCGGCGGACUCUGAUGCCGUCUGGAAUCAAUUCCUCCCAUCCGAAUCCAAUUUCGUAGCCUCUGUUGUUUCACAGUUUCCCUCACUUGCCAACGCUCCUACCAAGAAGGCUUUCUAUCUCGCUCUCUCCGAUCACCCUAUCAUCACCGAUGAUGGUCAAAAGAGCGUUCAAUUGGAUAAGAAAACUGGGAAAUUUCGCUACAUGCUUGCUGCUAGAUCUCUCACUAUUAUUUGGAGUGAUCAUGACCAAUAUUGGGACUGGAUUCAUUUGCCCGAAUUCCAGGUUCUCUGA